AUGUCCUUUUACUGGAGAGAAGUAGGCAUGACCUACUUGCAAUAUGCAAACAUCACAGCAAGAGCCCUUCGCUCAGUGCUAAAAGAUGAAUUCAAAGUCCAGGCUCUCAAGAGAGAAGAACAGUACUUGAAGAUGGCUAAAUGGACGGCCGGAAAGCAGGGUGAAAACAAACUAUUGAUUCCUGAAAUCGAAAAGUAG